GAUGACGUGGGCGCCCCUCCCACCUCGCUGACCAGGGAAGGAGGCAUAAAAAGAAAGAAAGAAAGAAAGAAAAGUUGUCUGGCACUCAAAUGUUUGGAGGACACUCCAAAGCCACGGAGAGGAGACACCCACAAAACGAAGGAGAGGAAGAAGAAGAGGAGGAGGAGAGAGGAAGAGGAGCUCGCGUCUCACUCUCGCGUGCAGAGGGGCUCUUCCACCGCAAAAUGUCCAGCAAAGCCACGCUCGCCUUGCUCAUCUACGGCAUCAUCGUGCAGCACGCCGCCGGGAACGGAUCGCACGUGGCGCUCGGCUUUCCCACCGUGACACUUGAUGGUGAGGUGUACGACGAGGACGGGAACUCGCUGCCGUCGCUGGAUUACGACCGCGAGCAGUUGGAGGUGAGAAGCCCCCCAACGGGGACGGAAGACGUCUACUCUUUGUAUUACCCGCCACCAGAGAAAAGGAUGGAAAGGCACGCAGACGGCAUGUUCAACAAAGCGUACAGGAAAGCGUUGGGUCAGUUGUCAGCCAGGAAGUAUCUCCAUUCCCUGAUGGCCAAGCGGGUCGGCGGCGGCAAGGCGCUGGCCGAGAACGGCGAGCCGCUGUCCAAGCGCCACUCGGACGGCAUCUUCACGGACAGCUACAGCCGCUACCGCAAGCAGAUGGCGGUCAAGAAGUAUCUGGCCGCCGUGCUGGGGAAAAGACUUGAGGACUUAGAUUUGCAUGGUGUAGACUUUGACGCCCUCCUGGACGGGGAUGACUUUGAGGCUUUUUGGGGGGACUGGCUCAAACAGCUCCCCCCAAAAUUACUGGCUUUGUGACGCAGGAAGCGGUUUUUGCGGCUGCGGUACCUUGCAUCAACUUUUUUUCCCUCCCUUUAAAAAAAUAAAAAAUAAAAAUAAAAAAUAAAAUGGCCCUGGAUGACAGAUGGCUAUUUAAGUGGCCCUACAAUGCUGCACAUUAUCAACUCACAUUUCCAGUCCACCCUUCAUCCAUCCUCCUCAACCUUUUUUAUUUUUUAUUUUUUUUGCUUGUUUCAUUUAUUAAUGCAA